AUGACCGUGACAACCGUGCACGUGCUAUUUUUUUACAAGGUAGUUGGAGGUCCUAUGCGUGCUGCAAGUUCUAGUGCUCCAGGUAAGAGUAAGCCUUACUCUAGUAGAUCUGUUGCUGGAAAUUCUUUCGUAAGUGGUGCUGCUAGUGUAGGAGGCUCUGUUUCUACCCCUACUAGUCGAUGCAAGAAAUGUGGGCUACGUGGGCAUGAGCACUAUAACUGUCCUGACAAGGAAAUAACAUGUUUCAAUUGUAAUGGCAAAGGUCAUAUUAGUACUCAGUGUCCACAACCGCCAAGGCAACGCAUGAUGGGAACAGGAGCUAGUUCUCAAUCUAAGCGUCCAAAGACUACUGGACGAGUAUUUGCUCUUAGUGGUGCUGAAGUUGCUCAGUCUGAUAAUUUAAUACAAGGUAUUUGUUUCAUAGCUGAGAAUCCUUUUGUUGUACUGUUCGACUCUGGUGCAACUCAUUCUUUCAUUUCUUUUGCCUGUGUCCAAAAAUUGAAAUUGCUAGUGUCUUAUUUGAGCUAUGAUCUAGUUGUAGAAACCCCUACAGAUGGUCCCAUAACUACUUCUAGUAUUUGUCUUAAAUGUCCAAUUGUUAUUUCUGAAAGACAGUUUCUGGUUGACCUUAUCUAUUUGCCUCUUAGUCAACUAGAUAUAAUCCUUGGAAUGGACUGGUUAUCUUCUAAUCAUGUCCUACUAAAUUGCUUUGAAAAAUCCAUAUCUUUUGGUGAGAGUAAGUGUGGGGAGUUUUUAAGUGCUAAUAAAAUAAAAACUUGUUUAAAGGAAAAUGAAAAGGUUUACAUGAUUCUCGCCUGUUUGAAACUUGAGAAAGACCAUGAGCUUAGUGAGAUUCCCUUAGUGAGUGAGUUUCCUGAAGUUUUUCCUAAGGACAUGUCUAGCUUACCACCUGAGAGAGACUGA